UGCAGGAACAGCACAGGAAGAUAUAGAGACAGACAGGCUGGCUUAGUGGGAACACGUAAACCCGAGGAAACUGCACAAACAUACAGCUGAGCUCACACGUUGUUAGAUCGCGUGUAGUAUUCCAGACAGAAGGGAGCAGAUUAUCAGCACAGCCCUGAUUUCUUAUGCUUCACUGUUGACGUACGGAGAACUGAUAGCCUUCCAGAGCAUACAUGACUGUAGCUCUAAUAUAGCAACAGCUACAUUCAUCCGGCAGGGCAGCGAGUGUUCCAUUUGCUAUUCGCAGUCUAAAUGUAGAACCAGACGUCUGGCUAACUUUUGAGUAGGAUCAAGCGUCUAAUGCAGACUUGUCUAUGCUAAGAAGGCUAAAGUGACAUUGCUGCCGCAUAAUCCUGUGUCAAGUCAUGUGACCCUGAAAGUGACUUAUUUCUCUACAGCACUGGCCACUGUCUGCUGCCCUGAGAGAGUCAGUGAGCCUGGGGGCUGUCAACAAGAGCAGAUAUUUCAGCCUUGGGGGAGACAGGAAGAGUGACUACUGGUAGAAGACUGGAGGAUGACACUGAGUGAGGACACAAAUAACAAGAGUCACAGUGGCUCCCACAUGAGACCGGACACACAGAAACCUUCCGAAAAUAGUGUUUGCAUUACAAAGAGGGACAUUAAAAAAAGAUUUUAAGCAAUCAAGAAACUUUUUGAAAACAAUUUUUUAAAUGUCUUUUUUUUGCAUUUUCUCAUAUUGGGACACCGCUAAACACCCUUAAAGUUCACUUCUGGAAGCUACCAGGACUAUGUCACAGCAACCUGUGGUCUAUUAUUAUUAUAUUGUUUAAUUUUGUCUAGUACGAAGCUCAAAAAAAGGCGGCCAAAUGUUGACUAUGACGGCAAUGUACAUGGGUCCAGGGAACCAGCGGUAUGCCCGCUGGAACCGGCAGAGUAGCCUGGAGGACUAUUCACGAUCAGAGGGCUGUGAACAGGAUGGAGAGGGGAAGCGCAAGAUGACACCCUUUGAAAAGGUGACCCACGACAUGUCACACGAUGAGAAGACGGUCAAAGAGAUGGCUCUCGGGAAAAGGAUUGGCUUUUAUCGACUGCGUGGGGAGAUUGGAAGUGGAAAUUUCUCACAAGUUAAACUUGGGAUUCAUGUGCUAACCAAAGAAAAAGUUGCAAUAAAAAUCUUGGAUAAGACCAAGCUGGACCAGAAGACGCAGCGCCUCUUGUCACGUGAGAUCUCAAGUAUGGAGAAGCUGCAUCAUCCUAACAUCAUUAGGCUUUAUGAGGUGGUGGAGACUCUGUCCAAGCUGUACCUUGUAAUGGAGUACGCAGGGGGCGGGGAGCUGUUCGCAAAAAUUAACACUGAAGGGAAGUUAGCUGAAUCAGACAGCAAAGUUAUCUUCUCUCAGAUAGUUUCUGCCGUGAAGCACAUGCACGACAACCAAAUCAUACACAGAGACCUAAAAGCAGAAAACGUCUUCUACGCUAGCAACACUUGCGUGAAGGUCGGGGAUUUUGGGUUUAGCACAAUAAGUAAAAAAGAUGAGACUCUGAAUACAUUUUGCGGAUCUCCUCCUUAUGCUGCCCCAGAGCUGUUCCGGGAUGAACAUUACGUUGGCGUGUUUGUUGAUAUUUGGGCGAUGGGCAUACUACUGUACUUUAUGGUGACCGGCAGCAUGCCAUUCCGAGCUGACACAGUGGCCAAAUUAAAAAAGUGCAUUCUCGAUGGAACUUAUUCCAUCCCUCCAUAUGUAUCCGAACCUUGCGAGAGGCUGAUUAAAGGGAUGCUUCAACCUAUACCUUCGGAAAGGUGCAGCGUGGAUUACAUAAUGAACAGCGAAUGGAUGCAGGGAAUACAAUAUCCGAAACCUCUAGAACCCUUCGGUUUGGACCCAAAACACCUGUUAGAUACAUGUACUCUAAAGGACGAUGAAACAGAAGUGAAGAACACUUUGGAAAAUUUGGGCAUCACUGAGGACCACAUUCUCAACAAUCGGGGGAAGGACUCUCGGAGCUCAAUAACGGGAAUUUAUAGGAUCGUUCUUCACAAAGUUCAGAAGAAGAAAGCAGUAGAGAAUGUUCCAGUCAUCACAAAUCCAGAACACAAGGAAAAGAACACAAAGAAGCCUCACAGAACCAGACGAGAAAUAAGGCAUACAUCUAAAUUUUGUUCCAUUUUAUAAAAUGUUAUCAAUUUUUGACAAAAUGAACUUUUCACGAAUGCCCAAGAGAUGAUAGACACCAUAAUUUUUUAUAUUCCAAAUAAAUAUUCAGCGAUGCCUUUAAGACCUUUCUGCAAAUGUCACAAACAACUUUAAAGUUUGGAUGAAUGAUUUGCUACAGGGGUUUCAAAGUGCCAAUGCUUCCAUUGUUUAGCAAACAGACCACACAAUUUUGCAGUGGACACACUUGUAUACAGUAGAGACGGCCAUUUUGUGGGCUGAACCAAGUCAGCCUACUGAUUCGCUAGGGGCUAGUGUUGUCACUAGUCCAUAAAGCUCUUGAGCUCCUAGUAAAUCAGGAACAAAAUGGCAGCCAGCAGGAUUUGUAGGUGGUUAGUGAGUGACAACUGUGGCCAAUUAUGAAACAGUGGUGACAUCUGUAUAUAGUGUGAUGCAUGUAAUUACUGUCAGAGAAAUUGUAAUCUUUCCUUUUUUUAUUUGCCAAAGUACAAAUUACAACACAUACUUUAAAAAUAAUAAAAAAAUAAAAAAAAACACACACACAAAGGCUUACUCAAUAAAAUGGUGUAAAACUGUAAUCCCCAGUCACCAAUGGCACACCAGCUUUGAUCAGUCUAGUGCAAUUUAGACUGAAAGUAAUUAACACCUGCAUGUGUGUAGGCCAGUGACCGCACAUGCGCAUUUAACAACUCGGGAAACUGUGGUAAAGCGAUGGCCAACUACUGCAGUCAUCACUACUUUUGAUAUGCAGCGGUAAGGAAUUAUAAUUAUUGGACCAGAAAUGCGAGAAGUGUUUGAGGGGGGAGCAGGGGGGUGGUGUGAAGAGGCCACAAGUAAGUUCAUUGGCAACAUGAUAUAAGUGAAUUCCAACCUUUAGGAUUACUUCACAUUUUAUCGGACAUGGUAUAAAAUGAAACCUCUAAAUUCACAUUAGUGGAUUUUUUAAAUUUGACAACAUUAACAGGGUAAAAAACAUAGCUAAAUUAUUAAUAAUAUUUAGAAGUUUGUUCCAUGACGUUCAAUCCUUAUUUUAUAAUGCUUCUGUUGACUAUACACAGUGGGGGCUGUCAUUGUGUGGCUCGAAACGUUAUCGGCUGCCUGGCGUGGCGUUACUAGUUCCUAGUGAAUCCAUAGCUCUACUUUUUUUAAAUAUUGGCCCUGCUCACAAAAUGUCUGCCAUCACUGUGUGUUAGUGACGGUUGCAAUAUACGGUGACACUUCCUAUUAGUAAGCAUUUGGUAACGCACUUUCCCUAGCAGACGGGGGCAAUGUAUGAAACCUUUGAGAAAUAGCUUUUCUACUUUAUCUCUCUUGAAGGUUUGAUACACUUCCCCAGUAGCACUAAUACUUAUUUCUCUGGCAGUAUGACAAGCAAAUGAAUACAUAUAAAGACAUAAAGCAAUUAAAACUAGAAUUCCCUUUCGAGAACCACUGUGUUAAACGUUUCUAAUAUAUGACGUGCUGUUGUGGUUAUAUACAGGAUUAUGUUUUAUGCAAUAAGAAGUACUGAUUAUUGUGUGUGAACGAAGCAGCUUUACGACAAGAUAGACUAGUAAACCGUAUUCCCUAGUGUCUGGCAGGUAAGUCAAUACGUGUCAUUUACAGCGAGUUAUAAAGAUGUUAAUCGGCUUAGUAAAAAUGGCAGCAAUAUUUAGAAUAGUCUCUACAAAUCUGCUUAAUGUACCGUGCCAGUCACCAGGACCUGUGAAUUGAGGCACUUAGCAAUUCUACUUUGCAUUAGUCAUAUAGAAAAACUAAAAUUGAAAAUGAAAAUUAGAUCUAUUUAAAAAAUAAAAAUAAAUUUUAUAUAUAUAUAUAUAUAUAUAUAUAUAUAUAUAUAUAUAUAUAUACACACACACGUUGGAUUGACAUCUUGGUUGUUGCAAAUGAAGAUGCAUUGACAUGUGAUUGCUGUACUUUAAUACAUCUUUUAUUUUCUAUGUUUUGCCAAAGGUAAAUAUGCUUGGCCAAGUAUUUGGGCUAGAUCAAGUCUUAACCAGUAGCUCCGUUUAAUACUAUUGCACAGAAUAUUACAAUGUAAAAUAUAUAUAUAUAUAUAUAUAUAUAUAUAUAUAUAUACAUACAUACAUACAUACAUACACACACACACACACACAUACAUUUGCUUUUUAUUUUGUAAACACGACUAGAAAUGUAUUACAGCACUUUAUUUCGAUUUUUUUUUUUACAUUUCAGUUUACAGAAAUAUCUCCUAAUUUAUUCUUUAAAUCUAUUGGAUGGCAGGAUACAUACUACAAUCAAUGUCCAUGUAAUAUCUGUAAAUAUCGCAUUCACCUAUCUGGUGCUUCUCCUCUACACUUGGGAUAACGGCAAUUGAUAGGAUAUCACUUUUUAUAAAUCUAUUUCCAAAAUAAGAGAGUGUUGGUCUGACACUUGUAGCAUAAUCUUAAUUUCACAACACUGUUUCUGAGCCUCAGCCCCCACCUUUUCCCAACAGGUCAUGUUCUAAGAAUUUACGUCUGUGGAAACAGGAGGGGUAUGGCUCAGCAAAAUAAUUAGCUCAUCUGUGCAUGAUUAAAGUAAUCCACAAAACAUGACCUGUUGGUACUUGAGGACUGGAUUGAGAAACUGUUUUGCAUCAUUACUAGUUAGCGGGGAGCUACAAAGUUCUUUACAUAUAUAUUUUCUACACAUUUUCUAUCAGUACCUGACACAAUACAUGUAAAGGGACACUUUAUAGACAUUUAAAUGGUGCAUCUUUAAGCUGGGUUUACACAGAAACCACAUCAUUUCCUUUAUUGACCCUUUGGCCUGUUCGCUGCUGUAGUGGCUUGUAAUGCAUUGUAUGAAAUGUGCUGUUUAAAAUAGUUUUUUGUUUGUUUUGCUUCAGCCUGCAAUUAAGAGCUUCCCUCCUGUAAGUUUUUUUUGCAAGGAGGUGCAUCUAGCAGUAGUACACUGCGGCUGAUGUACAGUAGAACACUGCGGUAAAGUCGGCUAGACACUGCGGAGUGCUCAGGCAUCAUGGGAUUAAUUUUUGCUUUGCAAUGCAUUUCAGGUACACAUGGCACUGAACGACUCAAAGGUCACCUUGAGGAAAUCAACGUAGGGGACAUCCGAAGUCUCAUCUGCCUGAUGAUAAAAGGAUUUGUAGAUACAGUGCCCUUUAAAUAGGGGUUCAGAAAGGAGCCGCAGGUGGCAGAAAUCCCAGCUCAGUUGCUAUGGGUCUACUGCAAAACUUUCACUAGUCUAUAUGAAAACGCCAAAAGGGUUCUACUUUAGACACAUACACCAGGGAAGGAAAAUUUUACAGAUUGAAGUAAUAUAUAUCCUAUGCACAAGCCACGCUAAAUAAGGAGCUGCUAAGGGUAGGUCUGAUUUUAUGGUACAGAACCUGCAUCACCUUGAGAGAUGGUCGCUGAACGGAUUUAUUUUGGUGCAGAUUUCAAAGCACCUGCAAAGCUCUCUACACAUCACAGAAACACACUCUAACUAUUCUAUGCUGCUAUGGUGCAGCAGCUAUUUAGAGUAUAUUAAAAACUGUUUAGCCACAAUGUGUUAGUGGUAGUAUAAAGGGGAGUGGGUGUAUUAAGGUACUUUAUGCUAUAAUGGACUUUUCACGGCUAGCGUUCAACCAAGGCUCUAGACUAGAGAACCAAACUACUCACACUGUGAUCAGCUUGUACAUUUCACAUAGCUCCAUGAUAUAGUGUUCUGUUGGUUUACUUGCAUGUUCAUAUUCUCUCCCAUUUUCGCUUUGUGUUAAUGAUUACACCAUGUAUAAUUGAAUAUUUAAAUAUUGUAUUUUGCAUUUCACUGUUUCUCUGUUGUGCAUGCAGAGUGGGUGCAUUGAUGGCAUUCACUGUAACUCAGUACGGACUGUAUUGAAAGCCUUGCAGUGUUAUUGUUUUGGUCUCUAAUGCUGAACGUGUUCUAUAAAUCACUAUUUUCCUACA